AUGUAUAACAUUUAUAGGCUUGCUCGUUCUUUCCGUGUUGCUAGAACUUCUACUAGACUCUUGAGCACCACCAGAGUUUUGGCUCAAACCAAGGUUGCUACCAAGACUGCUUCCACUUUGUCUGAAGUCACUGGUCCAGAUGACUCUUUAAUUGGUCCUGGUGCUCAACCUGGUACUAUCCCAACUGACAUUGACCAAGCCACUGGUUUGGAAAGAUUUGAAAUGUUAGGUAAAAGAGAAGGUAUUGAUGUUUUCGAUGUCGAAAACCCUAUCUUUGAAGGUAAGGGUACCUACAACGAUCCAUACCUUGUUCCAACUUAUGUUGGUUACCGUUAUGUUGGAUGUAGAGGUAAGAUAAGUGAAGGUGAAGAAGACCACAAGGCAUACUGGAUGAAGGUCGAAGGUGACAAGCUUUCCAGAUGCUGGCAAUGUGGUACUGCCUUUAAGGGUAAGUACUUGGGUAGACCUGAACAUUCUCACCACUAA